AUGGAAUUAGGCCAAUUUCGAUAUUUCAUCGGUGUUGAUGUGGGCACAACCAGCGUAAGAGCUGCAUUGAUCGAUCACAAAGGUUGUAUCAAAUGUAGAGCCACUCAAUCGAUACAAAUAUGGCAACCUAAAGAAGAUUAUUAUCAACAAUCUUCAGAAAAUAUCUGGCAAGCAUGCUGCUUAGUAGUCAAGGAGGUGACACAAGGUAUAGAUCGAGAUGCCAUCGGUGGCAUUGGCUUCGAUGCUACAUGUUCUAUGGUAGUUCUAGACGAGCAAUUACAACCUGUGACCAUAUCCCCAGAUGCCAAUCCUGAUUGCAAUAUUGUAAUGUGGUUAGAUCAUCGAGCUAUUAAAGAAGCGGAAUUAAUCAAUGCUACAGAGCAUCAUCUCCUAAGUUAUUUAGGUGGUACGAUAUCACCUGAGAUGCAAGCUCCUAAAUUGCUAUGGUUGAAAAAGAAUUUACACAAUCAAUGCUGGAAGAAAGCAGCCCAUUUCUUCGAUUUGCCUGAUUUCUUAUCGUUUAAGGCAACUGGAGCUCUUACAAGAUCUUUAUGCUGCCUGGUUUGUAAAUGGAAUUACGAAUAUAAAGAUAAGCAAGGAUGGCUUGACGAUUUCUGGCAAACUAUCGGUUUAGACGACUUCAUUAUUGAGAGCUAUGAAAGGAUUGGAGGCAAGAAUAUUGCAUUUCCUGGACAACCAAUCGGAAAAGGCCUAACAGUCAAAGCUGCCUCAGAACUUGGCCUGGCGGUUGGUACUGCUGUAGGUGCGUCAUUAGUUGAUGCUUAUGCUGGUUGCUUAGGGAUAGCUGGGAUCGAUUUAACUAGAAUGCAAUGCAAGAAUAAAGAUUUAACGUCCCGAUUAUCUCUUAUUUGUGGCACAUCUACAUGUCAUAUGGCGAUUACAUCCAACCCUCAUUAUGUGGCCGGGGUCUGGGGACCUUUUAAUAGUGUGAUUUUACCAGGUUUAUAUUUAAAUGAAGGAGGGCAAAGUGUCACCGGAAAGCUGGUUGAUUUUAUGAUACAGAAACACCCCUUCUUUCCAACACUGAAGGAGCUUUCUCAAGAAAAAAAUACCAGUAUAUAUGACUAUCUCAAUCAGUUCAUUAUUGAUCAAGGUAUUAAGAGUCAUUGGGCCUAUCUGACAACAAAUAUGCACAUUCUUCCCGAUUUUCAUGGCAAUCGGUCGCCAAUAGCAAAUCAUAAUCUAAAGGGAAUGAUUUGCGGAUUAACCUUAGCAUCAGAACUACACGAUUUAGCUAUCCAAUAUCUUUCAACCCUGCAGAGUCUAGCCUUUGGCACUAAACAAAUCGUAGAAGCUAUGACAAAAGAUGGACACGAAAUAAAGAUAUUACUAGCUUGUGGUGGACUAAGUAAAAAUAGCCUCUUUCUUCGAUGUCAUGCUGAUAUAACCGGAUGUCCCAUCGUUUUAGGGAAAGAAGAAGAUUCCGUUCUUUUAGGUUCUGCUAUGUUGGGUGUAUCAGCAGCCUUGCCCAAAUACGAUCUAAAGACUGUCAUGGCGACAUUUAGUUCAGCUGGUGAAAUUAUCCAACCUAACCUAGAUAUAGAACUGCAACGAUACUACGCAAAGAAAUACCAAAUUUGCCUCCAAAUGCAGCAAGAUCAAUUAAAGUAUCUCUCUAUUAUAAAUGAGGACAAAUGA